AUGUUUUCUGUCAUUCAAGAAGACCAUGAAUCUGCUUUUAAGCGAAAACCGCGACUGCCACAGUCUCAGGGUGGUAUUAAUGGAUGUAAUCCUGGCCCCCUGAGACUGCUCUCUAUUUCUAACAACAACAUUUCGGUGUUGCAACCUGCGCCGGUAAAGUUGCAAAACAUUUCCACCUCGCCGGUCCAAAUUCUGGACUAUCGUCGAGUGGCCAAGACCCUUGCAUUGGCGUUCGAUAAGGACCCAUUCUGCAAUUAUGUGUUGAACACCAAGAUCGAGUAUCCUGCGCGCGAGUCGAAACAUAUCCGUCGAAAGGCCGACCUUUUCGUGUCUUUCUUCGAGUACUACGUGUACGAAUGUAUGUCGCUCGGUGGAUUGGUGGUGGUCAUCAAGGACAACAAUUUGGAGCUGGAGUUGAUCCAGCUGCGCUUGAAGCCACUGGCCCUCUCGCGUGUUCCGUUCUUGGGUGUGGCGUGCUGGAACAAAUUGAUCUACGACAAGCAAGAGGAGUGUUUCGACUAUCCUCACUCGUUGCCAUCGUUUGCCAACAUGCACCCUACCUCGAUCAAGUUCAAUGUAUUCAAGUCUUUGGCUCGAUGCCGCCAGAAGGUGUCCCGUUGUGUGACCAGUCAGCUCGAAAACGAGCGAGACUCUGUUCUUGAACGGAUGCUUGCCUCUGGCUCCUCGAUCACCAAAGACGACCCCAUCUGGUACUUGAGUGACAUUGGUAUUCUUCCCUCGAUGCAGGGUCAGGGUUUGGCCAAGAAGCUCAUGAACCACUGUUUGGAGAACUACAUGCUCGACCACUGGUGCUACUUGGAGUCUUCCAACCAGGCCAACCGGGCGUUUUACACCAAGAUGGGCUGGACGUUGAUGAACACGUUCGAGGUGGACGAGGAGAUGAGCGAGGCCCUGUCGUCUUCGGACGAGGGUGAGCUCAGCACCCUGCCUCCAAAGGGACGUCGAGGAUCGUUUGGUCUUCGGGAGCGGCCCAAGGUGGUGGCCACGCCUCGCGAAGCGUUGUUUAUGGACUCGUUCGUUUUGAGACCGACGCGCGGAACAUGA